CGAUGUAUGAUCCUGGCCCCUGGCCGGCCGCACUUGGAACUUUGAAGGCCCUAGGCCCCUAGGCUAGGACUAGCUGGCGUGCAUCAUGCAUCAUUGCAUAGAGCAGCGAGCUUGCAUCGUGCAUCAUGCACCUUACAGGUUUUACCUAGUUUGGAACAGGUAGGUAAUUCUUGGAGAGUCGAGCGUUUGCUCAUAAAGUCGCACGCUUUUGAUGUUGAACAAUGAAGAGCCGUUUCCUAAGCUAGGUAAACUUAGUACUCAUAGCGCUAAGUACUGCGUUUGAGAGCUUUUGGAAGCCGAUGGAGAGCUGUGGAGGAGCUCCUCUUCCUACUGGGCAGAUCUUCUGGAUCGGCAGCGACUCCAGCACUGGCAAACGGCGCUCACCUCAGCUUUGUAUGGGCUGCCCCAGUCAAGCUGUUGGGAGUGAUACUGUUACCCAUCUCACAAUCCAAGUGUCCAGAACCUGAGCAAACGAGCGGCAACUUUCAGAUUGGCAUUUCCACCUCCAUCUGUCCAUAGAUCAAGGAAGUCACCCCUGCUUACAAAAUGGCAGACGUUUCAGCUGCGUGCUCAUCGCGUCUCUAUGUUCAGCCAGCUUGCAGCGGCUCAAUCUCAGGCAAGACGUCUGCGGCCAAAAGUACAGCUGCAGUGAAAUUGCAGGAAGUGAGGCAGUGCAGCGUUGGGUGUCAUCAAGCAUUGGCCCCGCGUCAGCAGCAAGGGAGCAUCCCGACCUACCUACAUCAGCAUUCAGCAAUUGGCAGGUUUUCCAUGAUGGCGAGCAACAUCUCUCCCCAAGGGCUAGCAUGCGCGAGCAGGACAAUGCCGGAUGUCAGAGAUCUUUCUUCUUUUAGCAAUCAGGAAAGGAGGCUUCCAAGCAAGCUGCUGCGGCAACACAGGGCUUGCAGCACAAGGGCAGUCAAAUCAACGGAUCAGCUGACAGAGGGAAUGGAGGGGAUGAAGCAAUCAGGCAGUCCGAAUGGAUCGCCUAGGCUGCCCCCUGGGAACCUUGGCCUGCCCGUUCUUGGUGAAACUUUAGACUACCUAAAGAGCCAGAACACGGAGGAUCCAGACUCGUUUGUCAGGGAGAGGCAGGCCAAGUAUGGAAGGACGUUUCUGACAAAUCUUUUGGGGAACAACAUGGUCAUGGUCACUGCUCCAGAGUUGGCGGAGCUCCUUCUGACGGAUGAAAAGUUGUUCAAGACGGAGUGGCCCAAGUCCACCAGGAUGCUCCUGGGUGAGAGAUCCGUGACUACGACGCAAGGGGCGCGGCACAAGAACUUGCGCAGCCUAGUCACUGGGCCUCUCAGCCUGGACAACCUCAAAAGAUAUGUCCCUGUGAUAGAAGAAAGGGUCCUGGCGCAAUUGGGGACAUGGGAGAGUGGUACCACCGUGGCGGCCUAUCAGGAACUUAGAAAGCUGACUUUCAGCAUCAUCUCGGAGCUCAUCUUUGGCGCCAAGCCUGGGCCCCAGGCAGACAGGCUGUCUGGCUUCUUCAACAAGUGGCUGGUCGGGCUGUUCUCCCUGUUCGCUGUCAGGAUACCCUUCACCGGCUUCGCAGCAUCCAUGGAUGCCCGGGAUGCCAUCCUUGAGGAGACGGCUGGCAUACUGAAGGAGCGGCGAUCUGCUCUCGCCAGCGGCGCCCCUGUGCCGAACGACAUCCUGACGCGCCUGAUGACCGAGAAGGACGCGCAGGGGGCGCAGCUGAGCGACGAAGACCUACAAGACAACUUGCUCGCCUUGCUCUUUGCUGGCCACGACACGAGUGCGAGCGCCCUGGCGUCCAUCAUCCGGUACCUAAGCGACGACCCGGCGGUGGUACAAAAGCUUCGAGAGGAACAUGCUGACGUCAGGAGCCGUAAGGAAGCCGGCGAGCCGCUGACGUGGGAAGACGUGCGCAAGAUGAGCUACACAGAGAAAGUCAUCAGCGAGGGCCUGCGCGUGCGCCCAGUGGUCGCAAACAACUUCAAGGUGGCCACCCGUGACGUCAGCAUCGACGGGUACGUCAUCCCCGCCGGGCACAACGUCACGCUGAACUACCGGUCCAUCAUGCGCAGCGAGGCCCUCUUCCCGGAACCAAAGGCGUUCAAGCCGGAGAGGUUCGAUGAGAAGCCGGCGCCAUACACCUUCCUCCCCUUUGGCUCCGGCGAGCGGCAGUGCCCGGGUAGCGCCCUGGCGCGCAUGGAGAUGGCCGUCUUUCUGUACCACUUUGUGAACGACUGGGAGUGGACACUGGUAAACCCAGCCGAAGCCACGUCGUACUUCCCUUUGCCGCAGCCGGUAGAAGGCCUCCCAAUCAAAAGAAGGAAAAGAAGCGCGGCCGACUAAGUCCAGCAAGGGCUGCCCGUCAUACGGAACGGCUUCGCCCGUCCUUCAUACACCCAUGCAGAAGCAAAUCCAUGUCGCUUGCCUUCGGCGAAACGCAAUGCCAUGUGGCCUGCACACUUUUGUGGGCAUAGUGUAGGGCUAAUUGUCAAUAGGAAAAUGCUGUACAUUGAGGAGUAGUAGCAGCAUGAGCUAGUUGAGAAUAUUCACAGACCCGCGGGAUAUGAGAUGCUACCUUUAUCGGGAAACUGGCCGAUACGGGAAACAACUGCAAGCUUCCAUAGGAGCCUGGUACCUGAGUGGGAGUCUGAUAUGCCGUGAACGGGAAUAUGUAGGGGGUUGCUGGCGGCUUGUAAAAAUCGACUGGUUCCUGAUCUGGAGGGAGGUAAAUGCAAUUUUGGUCGGUGAUCAACCUAAACCGGCCGGACCGUCAUACCAUGACAAAACUCGGAAAGGCACAACAAAUAAGGACCGAUCUGCCGCUGUUGCCAGAGUGCAUAUGAACUUUGCUAAAUGGGCAC